AUGCCUUCGGAUAUCCGGUCCUUCUUUGGACCUAAGGGUGGUGGCAGUGCCCCAAAACCUGCCCCAAGAAAAGCCGAGGAGCUGGCCAAGAGCAAGCGUACAAAAGGAAGAAAAGUAAUCGAAGACAGCGAGGACGACGAGGACGAAGUAGUGGAAGUACAAAAAACAACGGCCAAACCAGCCCCCAAGCGAAAAGUCAUAGACGACGAACCUAAGGGCGUGGCUAUUUCAGCAGACGAUUACUUCUCCUCGAGCAAGACCAGCAAACCUACGAGUUCGGCAACACCGAAGAAGCCUGCAGUCAAAACCGAAGUUCCGGUUCGAUCGAGUCCCCGAGAGAAAACGACCGCCACGAAGCCUGCAGCACCAGCAAAGAACGGCAAAGCACCCGCUACACGAAAAGCCACAGCUUCCUACUCCAAAACUGCAGCUGACCAGGACUCUGAUGCGUAUAUGGAAGAUGGAGACGAGGAUGACGCAGAUAUCUUCGCAGCCGACGCCAAGGGUCGAUCCAAGCGCAAGACUGAUGAUUAUGAAGAGGAUGAGUCUGAGGAAGAAGACCUCCCUAAGCCCAAACGAUUAGCUACUAGAGGCCGUCCAUCGACUGUCAAGAAAGAAGAAGAAGACGCUGUGAAGCGCGUAGCCGUGAGCAAGAAGAGAAAAUCUCUUCCUGAAGACUCGGAAGAAUCUGAAGAAGAGGCACCACGCAAGAAGGCGGCUACUGCCAAACCUAAGGCACCGGCCAAACCUCGAGCUCCACGAGCAAAGAAGGACGACGAACCGGAAGAUGAGGAAAUCAAGGAUAUCCUUGACAGUGUUGCUACUGUUCGAGCACCCACGCCUCCGCCAAAGGACCCUGAUGCCAAGUUCGACUGGCGAAAGAAAGCUUCCGGAGGUGGCAAUGCAUCUGCUCAACCAGCUGCAAGCUCGGUCGAUCUCCCCGAAGGCGAAGAAGAAUGCCUGACUGGCCUCAGCUUUGUCUUCACGGGUGUCUUACAAACCAUCAGCCGUGACGACGGACAGGCCCUGGUCAAAAGAUAUGGCGGCAAAGUUGUUGGUCAGCCAAGCAGCAAGACAAGCUUUGUAGUUCUUGGAGAGGACGCUGGCCCGAGCAAGCUGGCAAAAAUUAGGUCUCAUGGCAUCAAGACAAUUGAUGAAAACGGACUUUUCGACUUGAUCCGUAAGCUUCCUGCAUUUGGGGGCGGCGGCAAAGGGGCUCAGAAGGCCCAAGAGAAGAAAAAGGCCGACGAAGACAAGGUGAAGAAGCAGGUUGCAGAGAUGGAAGCCGAAGAGAAGGCUCGAAAGGCAGAGGCUGCUCAGGCUGCCAAGAAGGCAGCUGCUGCAGGAGGACCACCAGCAAAGGCCGCCGCGCCCCCCCCUGUGCAGCUGUUGACAUCGAAGUAUGCUCCCACGCAGCUCAGCCAUAUUUGCGGCAACAAGGCGCAAGUCGAAAAAAUCCAGGCUUGGCUCAGGAACUGGCCAAAAUCGAAGAAGUAUAACUUCCAGCGACGAGGUGCUGAUGGAAUGGGUGGUGAGCGCGCCAUCAUUGUUUCUGGCCCUCCUGGAAUUGGAAAGACGACAGCUGCUCACCUAGCUGCAACGCUAGAGGGGUACGAUGUUUUGGAGAGUAACGCCAGUGACAGCCGAAGCAAGAAGCUUGUUGAAAAUGGAGUGAGUGAUGUGAUGAACAAUACAUCGCUCCUCGGAUAUUUCGCUGGCGACGGCAAGGAUGUCGACGUGACCAAGAAAAAGAUUGUUCUUAUCAUGGACGAGGUCGACGGUAUGUCUGCAGGUGAUCGAGGUGGUGUUGGUGCCUUGGCAAAAUUUUGUAAGAAGACGGAGAUCCCCCUGAUCCUCAUCUGCAACGAGCGCAAGUUGCCCAAGAUGAAGCCUUUCGACCAUGUGGCAUUCGAUAUUCGAUUUAACCGUCCGACUGUGGACCAAGUCCGAUCCCGCAUUAUGACUAUCUGCCAUAGAGAAGGCCUCAAGCUCCCACCUGCAGUAGUGGACGCUCUCAUCGAGGGAAGCAACAAGGAUAUCCGUCAAAUCAUCAACAUGAUCUCUACUGCGAAACUGGACCAGACAAGUAUGGAUUUCGAUCAGUCCAAGUCCAUGUCGAAGGCUUGGGAAAAGCAUGUCAUCCUCAAGCCAUGGGACAUUUGCCAAAAGAUGCUAGCUGGUGGGCUUUUCGCACCUGCGAGUAAGUCGACAUUGAAUGAAAAGAUCGAGCUUUACUUCAACGACCACGAAUUCAGUUACCUCAUGAUUCAGGAGAAUUAUCUUCGAACAAAGCCUAUGGCUCUCAACGGAAAGGGGUAUACCCAGCGCGAGCACAACCUCAAGGCUCUGGAGCUGUUUGAUAACGCAGCAGAGAGCAUCAGCGAUGGAGAUUUAGUCGACCGCAUGAUUCAUGGACCUCAACAGCAAUGGAGUCUGAUGCCCACACAUGCCAUCUUCAGUACAGUCCGCCCUGCCAGCUUCAUUGCGGGUCAGCUUAUGGGUACCAACUUCACAUCAUGGCUCGGCAACAACAGCAAGUUUGGCAGACUUGGUAGAUCCAUUCGUGAAGUUCAUUCUCACAUGCGCCUCAGGACCUCUGGUGACCAUAACGAGAUCCGCCAGCAGUACAUGCCUGUCCUGUGGUCUCAGCUUGUCAAUCGCCUACAAAAUGAGGGUAAUGAUGCAGUAGGAGGGGUCAUUGAUCUUAUGGACAGCUACUUCAUGACCCGAGAAGAUUUCGACGCUAUCCAAGAACUUGGCGUGGGACCAAUGGACGAGGAACUGGUCAAAAUCGAGACAAAGACCAAGGCUGCAUUCACCCGAACGUACAAUGCAAUGAGCCACCCGAUCCCUUUCAUGAAGGCCAGCAACGUUGUCGCUCCCAAAGCUCAGCCCAAGGAGGUCCCUGAUCUUGAGGAAGCCGUCGAAGACGAUGAAGCCGAGGCCGUCGAGGCACCCGAAGUCGAAGAGGAUGAUGACGAGAUCGAUUUCAAGAAGGACAAGUACAUCAAGAAACCAAAGGCUAAGAAGGCUACCAAGAAGACCACGAAAACUGCCGCUGCCGACGAUGAUGAGGAAGAGGACAAGCCAAAGCGAGGUCGAGCUAAGCCUAAAGCUACAGGCACCAAGGCUAAGGGGAAGAAGUAA